AUGCCCUACGCCGACGCAAGCACACAGACAAUAUGGGCGGGCUUGACCAAGGGUGACUUGGUUCGUCCCGAGUUCCUCCUCACCCUCCCAGACACCACCACCCCGCCCGACGACAUGUUGACCCAAAAAUCACAGUCUGUCGUUGCCGUCCCCCGCUCAUUGCGCCUGCAACCCAGACUUCCCUCGCUAUGGGAGCGCCGGGGGAACCAUCCAGUGCUCGCGCGCGGCAUCCCCAUGCCUCGCCCCUCGAUAGCUUCCCGGCUCGGUGAAGAACUCACUGCCUCGCCGCCCCCGACCCACGCUGUCCUUUCCCCGCUCCCCGCUGCAAACAAGCUGUAUGCUGGUCACACGCCUCUGAUACCCGGCUCGCCGUCCCCCGAGGACGAGGACGAGGACGUCAAACCUCCCGUCGCCAGCGAAUUGGUCGUCGAAGCCAACGACGACGCUGACAUCAACGACCAGUCCACAACCCCGCAGCAGGACCCCUCGCUUGCCGGAGCCCUCUCCUUACCCACGCUUCCCACAAACCCCCUCGACGGCACAGAGGAGUUCAUAGUACUCAACGACCUCGACCGCGCCCUCGAGGAAGUCGCACGAGACCAAGAGCGCUUCGCCAGACUCAAGGACGCACCCGAUCACGCACCCUCAUCCUCGUCAGCAUCAGCAUCACCACCGGCCUCGGCCUCAGCCUCAGCCUCAGCAGCAGAAACCUCCCCAGAACAAACAGAAUCCACAUCGAGCUCCGAACGCGUCACAGACGACGGCCUCUCCCUAAGCCGCAAGGGAUCCGCAGACUCGCGCACCUCAAACGUCUCCUACGUUAAUGGCGUACCGCUCAAGAGCCCUCCACUGAAUUUUGGAGUCCCCAUGGGCCAGUUGCAAAGAGACUAA